AUGGAGGCGGCCCUGCGGCCGCAAUCAGAUCCCGGGCCUACUGAGACGGCACCGAGCACUUCAUCCUCGGUGCGCAGUGCUCCAGCACCGGAGAUGAGUUGUGAGGCCAAGGCCACCAAACCCCGGCACCGGAGAGAGUCGGCGCACAAGAAACCAUCCUCCAUGAGACACCGUUCCCCAUUGCCAGUGCCGGUUAAAAAGAACAGGCCGGAGAGGGAUCGUUCUCCACACCGGGACUCUAAAGGGCCGGCGCCGUCCACGUCUACUACAGGACAAUUCGCGCCACAGACCCAUCCGGAUCACCUCGGACGCUUGGGUGCUUCGCACGCAGCCCCAAGGGUCUUCACGAAGUGCAUGGCAGUCGUGGCUGCCUUCCUACGCAGGCAUGGGAUCCAGGUGUUUCCCUACCUGGACGAUUGGCUCAUCAAGGGCAGGUCCAGGGGGCAAGUGGAGGCUCAGGUGGUCUUUGCCAGACGGGCUAUUUUACGCCUUUCCCCCGAUUCCAAUGAUUCACAGAGUAAUCCUCAAGGCCCGCAGAGAUCACGCUCGGCUCAUCCUGAUAGCGCCGGCGUGGCCACGCCAGCACUGGACCAAGUGUCCUAUGUCAUUACAAUAGAAGGGACACCGUAUACUCUUCACCUGAAGCAACAACUAUUUUUAUCUGAUGAUUUCAGGGUUUAUACUUACACCAAAGGGGGGGCUGUUCAUUCUGAUUUCCCACAUAUUAAGGCUGAUUGCUAUUACCAAGGGUAUAUUGCAGGCUUUCCCAAUUCACUUGUGACACUCAGCACCUGCUCUGGGCUCAGAGGGCUAUUGCAGUUUGAGAAUGCUAGCUAUGGAAUUGAACCCUUGGAUUCUUCACCUGGGUUUGAGCACAUUAUUUAUCAAAUAAAGAAUGAAAACACUCAGAGUCCACUUUUUGCAAACAACUACACUGAUAUAGGGAGAGAAAAGGUGACAGGAAAGGUGUCUUACAAGCUGCAUACAGAUAUUGAAUCAAUGUCAGAUGUCACUAAAUCCCCCAGAUACCUGGAAAUCGAUGUCAUUUUGGACAAGGGUUUGUACAACUAUCUGGGUUCAGACAAGGAUCUUAUAACAGAGAAAAUAGUCCAGCUUCUUGGAUUUGUCAACAGUAUGUUUACCCCCCUUAAUAUGACAAUUGUACUGUCUUCCUUGGAGUUUUGGACAGAUAAUAAUAAAAUUCGUACAACAGGGGAAGCUGAUGAGAUACUACAAAGAUUUUUACAAUGGAAAGAAUCUUACCUUGUUCUACGGCCACAUGAUAUGGCAUAUUUAUUUGUUUACAGGGACCACCCUAGUUAUGUAGGGGCAACAUUUGCAGGAAGGAUUUGUCUCAGAAACUAUGCAGGAGGAGUUGCCUUGUAUCAAAGGGCUGUAACACUGGAGACAUUUUCAGUCAUCAUUGCACAGCUGCUGGGGCUUAGUCUGGGAAUAGCAUAUGAUGAUUCUAGGGACUGUCAGUGUUCAGGAUACACCUGCAUAAUGCACACCAAAGCAGUACUUUCCAAUGGAGUAAAAGCCUUUAGCAGCUGCAGCAUUAGAGACUUCAAAAGUUUUAUAAAACAUAGGGGAGGAGACUGCCUCUCUAACAGGCCCUAUUUGAAUACGUCCUACAAGAGGGCUUCAGUCUGUGGCAAUCGUAUUGUGGAAGGAGGAGAGCAGUGUGACUGUGGCUCAGCACAGAAGAGCACAUGGGAUGUCACAUGUGGAAAGUUAGUUUGUACAUAUCCAAGUCGCAUUCCAUUCACUAAAGAAAAAGCUGCUAUCAUUUAUGCUCAAGUGCGCGAGCAUGUAUGUAUAUCUUUAGAUUAUAUGAAGCCACCCACAGAGAAUGACCCUCUACUGGUUAAAGAAGGCACAAAGUGUGGGCCUGGUAAAGUUUGUAUAAACCGCACAUGCCAGUUUUAUGCAGUCCUGGGAUAUGAUUGUAAUCCACAAGUAAAAUGCAACGGUCAUGGAGUAUGCAACAAUAAGAAACAUUGUCAUUGUAAUCCUGGCUGGAAUCCUCCGGAUUGCAGAACGAAAGGCUCUCCAGUAGGGGGAAGUAUUGACAGUGGGCUUCGAUUUUUGGACUCUGGUUAG